CUGUUUACUUUACCUUUGACCUAUAAAUGGUGAUUGGGUCUUAGUGUUGACAGAUAUGUCCCACAGGAUAAGAUGGGAGGGUGUGUGUUUUACUGUCAUGUGUGUCACCUUCCUAGGCAAAGGAUUCCUCUGUAUGACCACACAGACGGUUGAGUGACUAUCUAGAUGGGAAAAAAAGGACAGAGCUCUCUGUGACAGUAUUGUAGUGCACAAGUCUGGUAGCAGUAUGUCACACCUCUCUGAAUGUCUGUCCCAGGCAAGAAGGGAGAGGACAUGUCUCCAUACUCUAAAAUGGCUUCCUUCCCUUUUAUUAUUAAAAAAAACCACAGGUAGAUUUUCCGAACUAUAUUUUCACCAGUUCGGUCGUCCCUGAUAAUUGAUCACGAAGAAAAGGAGAUGAGGAUAGUAAAAGCAACUGUAGACCGUCUGGGACUUUAGAGGGGAUAGGAGGUGAGCCUUGGCCCUUUCAACUCCCUAUGUCACUUCCUUUUCCCAUGAGGCGAGGUGGUGGAAGUGCCACCAGAUGUGUUAAGCCAAACGGAUGCUUUCUUAACACCCCCCACCUGCUUGCCCUGCUACCCACCGCUGCUCACACUUACGGUUAUUGCUUUUGAUGUACACAAUCAGCACAUGCACACACACAGCAAAGACACGCAUACACACAGUAUGCAUGAGCACACACUAUUGCCUUCAAAUGAAAUACACAGGGGUUAUGUGUAUUUCUGAUGACAAAACGUUUUGUUUUGUUCAAGUGCAAUGUCUGCACAUGUAUACCCCACAUGGUGUAAAACACAAUAGCAUCAUCUCUCACAUAAUGGGAUCGAAAUAUCAUCUUUCUGUUUUUCUUUGUCGACUGUUCCUCUCUGAGGAUGUUCCUCUCAUGCAAAUUAUUUAUCGACUGUUCCUCUCAUGCAAAUACUUAGUACAUCUGGCCCUCAUCAAGAGAAAAAAAAACAUUCAAAACGUGUGGGAGACAUGGUUGUUUAUCCGUCUCUUUGUUAUGUAACUGCCUCUUUGUUGUGGUCUUCUCUGGGAUGUGAGGCAGCAGCGAGCUCUAGUGGUGAGAUAGAAACAUUACAUAUCUUCAGGGCACUUGUUUUUAAUGGGACAUACAGUAUUACAGCUCCAUGCUUGUGAUGUUAUUAUUGUUGUUGUACCUUCAACACAACGGCUAACACACAGAUUCAACUUUCAAUUUCUGAAGUUUAGAACUUAUGUUUUUUUAUUUUUUAUUAUGAAGUAGGCUGCAGGCGUAUAUUGCAGACGGGGUGUUUUUGGCCAUGUAGUCUACACUGCGUGAUGCUGAUGAUCCAUUCUGAGAAAUGUUUCUUAUGUCAUAGGCUAUGAAAUGUUACUAUUACCUAAGUAAUGCCCACAGUUCUAACAUCUCAGAGUACUUUUGGCCUAUGCUACUAAUUCAUAGAAACCCAUACACAUUGGAAUGCGACCAAUUACACACCUAGCUCACCUUUGAACUCUGAGAAAGAGAAUAGCUUGUUGUCGGUUAUUUAACAUUUCCAGAGAGAGAGUGCGUGUGUGUGUGUGUGUGUGUGAGUGAGGGGAGGGCGUGUGUGUAGUGGGCUGCUAUUAGAUAAUAGUGCAUCUCAUCAAAGCUCAUUCCAGCCAGAGGCUCCGUUCUCCCCUCAGUAGGACAGCUGCGUGCACACAGACCAGCAGGAGCUCUUCUGUUUUCUCUUCUCCUGUCCAGAGGUCAUACCAGGCUAUUGAUAGUACAGUAGCACUAUUAUUAUUAUUAUUAUUAUUAUGACUUCAAAUCAAUAGUCCAGAUGGCAACUAUGUGUAGAAUACCAGUUUUUCCUCACCUCCUGCAGGAUCGGUGUGUGGACCCAGGUCUGUCUCUGUCUCUGGGCAGGAGUGUAAUGGCUGAGCCGGACUAUCUGGAGGGGGACUGUGAGGAGCUGAUCAAACCCAAGAAGCUGUUGAACCCAGUCAAGAGCUCCAGAAACCACCAGGACCUCCAUCGAGAACUCAUGAUGAACCAAAAGAGGGGCCUAGCUCCCCAGAACAAACCAGAGCUCCAGAAGGUUCUGGAGAAGAGGAAGAGAGAGCAGGUCCUCAAGGCCCAGAGGGAGGAGCAGGAGGCCCACACCAAGAGGAGCGACCUGGAGAUAGAGCUCAUGAAGAGACAACAGAAACUGGAACAGCUUGAGUUGGACCAGCAGAAGGAUGAGGAGGAGCAGGAGAACACCCCUGAGUUUGUGAAGAUGAAGAGCAACCUGAGAAGGACCAAGCAGGAGGCCAAUGGGGAGGAACUUACCACUUAGGGAGCCACGGGGGUACUCACCCCACCUCAGCCAGAGAGGAGACUUAGCCACCUGUACUCACCUCAGCCUCUCCACUCAACACACGGACAGAGAGGAGACUUAACACGGACACAAAACACGGAACGUGCUACACGUGAAGAACAGCCAGUCAAUCUUCUGGGGAGGUCUGAUGCAGGGACCAACAGAACCAACACAGAGUUUCCAUUUCCUCUGUCUCUUGUCUUCCCCUCUUUCUCCUGUCCACCCUUCUCUCCGGCCACAGAAAGCUCUCCUUUAUGUUGUUGUUGUUAUUGUUGUCGUUGUUUUCAUUUUCAGAACCCAGAAUGGAAAAGUGGACACUGGAUGGACUCUUGAAGCUGUGUUUUGUAAAAAUGCCAAAUUAAUGUACUGUUGUUAUUUAUGUUUAUGUUUUUAGUAAUUUAGCCCCAUGUAGGGAGAUAGAGACAUCUCAGAUUAGUUUUACAGCUCAGUGUGUGGAGCAUGAACAGAGGGAUAUACUAUUAAGCAGGAUCAAUGAGUCAGCCAGCUAACUUUGAUAAACAACCAGAAAUAACUUUCGAUUUUCUGGUUAAUUAAGAAAUUCUAAUUUUAGAUCUGUGUUUUUGGUUGUUAAGUCAAUUAGAGCAUGCCAUUUCAAAAGUAUAAAAAAGUAAGUUAUUUCAGAAUAUUUGGGCAAGUUAGCUGGCCAACUAAUUGAUCCUACUUUGUAGUAUAUCCCUCAGGAGAGGACAAGUGUGUGGUUGUGUGAAAAGAACACCCAGCUAGUUUUUUUUAUUUUCAACAUGCCACUUCUUCAGCUAAUGCUAUUUGAAGCAAUACUAGAACUCCCCAAAGUAUGCAAGUGGUCUUUUCUUUCUAUAAUUCUAAUAAAUAGGUUUUUUUUAUGAAUAAAGGGGAUAUUAAAUUAGUCUUAUUUUGGAUGUGAGGUCGGCAGAGAUGAUGUCAUAUACCAGGAAGUAAGUGCAUAUGGGAGCCAACUGUUCCAAUAAUUGCAUUUGGUUCUAUGCCUCAUUUAUGUGCUUCUCUGAAUCUCUGGGUAAGAUUGAAAGACAAUCCUCUCCUCUGUCCCUCUGCAGACCUAACAUCUUAUUUUAAAUAAAUAUCAUUUAACUGCU